AUGUCACAAGCUGGGCCUCCCAAAACGAUGACAGACGACACAGAAUCAGCAGCGGGAGCCGCUGAGACGGGAGGAGCUGGCGGAAGUCAAACGAAUGCUUCCAAAACCCGACACAAGAGAACGCGCACCGGGUGUCUAAAAUGUCGGAUCCGACGGCGCAAAUGCGAUGAAGGCAAACCGCGCUGUCAGCGCUGCAUCGACGGCAAUUUUGACUGCCAAUACGGCCCUCGAUUGACCUUCUUGAACAAGAAUGCCUUGACCGUCUCGCCGUCGCCGAGAGCGACUGAGGCGACGACGCCAAAGUACUCGAGGCUCCAGUUCGUCAGUCCGGGAGCCGCGAAGCAAGGCGCCAAAGAAGCGCCGGGUUCGCCUCAAUCGCAAAAGGCUCACGAUGUAGCUGUAACCGGCACCGCGGCGGCGCCGUCGCCACCGCUGACGGCUCACGCGCAUACGCCGACGGUCAUGACGUUCCAGGCGAAUCUGCAGCCGCCGGAACCCCCGACGCCGAAACCGCUUCCCGUCGAGCCGAGCAUUGCGCAGAAUCACCAUCCUCCGCCGGCGCAUUGGCGCGCGCAGAGUCUCGGGCAUGAGAGCUUGUCGUCCCCCGUGCGGAAUCUCGACAUUACGGGCAAGGUACCCGGCACGUCACCGAACAACGACGCCGCGUAUGAGACUGCGCUUAACGUCCUGCUGUCUCUCGGCAGCGAGGGCGCGACCGGCAUGGGCCAGUCUCCCGGCCAUAACUCGGGGCCGUUCGCGAUCGGUGCCGAUGGCAUGGGGAUGAGUCCAAAGGACUUGAUGUCCGUCUCGCCGAAUUCGACCAGGGAGAGGAGAGAUUCGAGCGUGGCGCGCGCUCCGGCCUCCGCCAGCAUUUCGCAGGACAGGUUGCUCCAGCUGUUGCGCCACUUUCGAUAUCAGGUUGCGCCUUGGCUCGAUUUAUGCGACAUGAGCCAGACAUUCGGUCUCUAUGUCCCGCGCCUUGCGAUUGAAUCCGAGGCGGUUCUACAUGCUCUCCUGGCGGUAUCAGCCAUUGCUCAGCAAGGCGAUUUACGAGCGACACCAAACGACAUGGAAUACCUCAAAUCUCUUGCUGAAACAGGACCGAUGAAACAAAACGGUGUUAACAACAUUAACGACGGCGAUCUAGCUCACUUGACACUGUCAACAGCUUGCCGCUUCAUCUCAAACAUACCAAACGGCUGGCACGAACUGCCCGUCAUCAGCGACACCUUUUGGAGCAUGGCACUUGCAGACGCAGGCCCGAAAACGAUAACAAUUCUCUCUGUUUUGAUAAGGCUUGAACUCGCAGCCGCCCUCGUAACCGGCGCUCCGAUAUCCGUCCCUGAGCAAUUAAACUACAACCCAUUAUCUCAACAAUGGAACAACUCCUCCGCCGUGGCAGAGACGAUAUUCCAAUACACAAUCGAGCCGCUCCUCCUCUGCGCCAAAGUGGUCAACUUCUGCGCCGGCAGCUUCCCGCCGCAGACCCCGGAUCUCGGCGUGCCGCUCACGCCCGUCCACCGCUGGACCAUGCUCAGCGACGCCCUCGGCGUCUGGUACACCAACCGAGCCCAGGAGUUCCGGCCGAUGGUCGAGAUCGACGGCGGCGGCGACGACAACCUGUUCCACAUCAUCCUCUUCACCAACGGCGCCGCCGUAUUCGCGAACCAGCUAUACCACACCGCCAUGCUGUUAUUACUGCAGAAUAAGCCGCGGACGCUGCAGGCGGCUGGGAAGAAGUCGUCUUCCAUGUCGCCGCUGUGGCAUGCCCAGCGCGUCUGCGGCAUAGCCUUGAACAACGACCGCAGGGACAGCUGGGAUCUUUGCCUGGUGGCGUCGUUGUAUUUGGCGGCACAGCGCAUGACGUAUGAGCCCCAGCAGAGGGCGAUUCUGGAGUGCCUCGAGCGCGUCAAGUCGCUGACGGGCUGGGAUGUAGAUGGGUUCUCGAGUAAAGUCCGUGAGGACUGGGGUUUUAUGUAA